UUGGAGCAUCAGAUACCGGACGCCCCCACGUUGGAAGAGUUCGAGUGCCUGCUCGGAGAAUCGCCCACCAAUUAUCCCAAGGGCGAGGCUGUCGAGGAUAUAGAGAGCGAGUUGCAUUCCGCCGCUAUCGAUACAGAUGUUUAUGAAAAGCAGGCCGCCGAGAGGGCGGCCCAUGAGAGGAAGUACAGUCAGCAGGUUGAAGCCACAGACGAGGGGCAUGAAUUGACAGUGCUGUUGUUAGCUGAAGACUCUCACGAUGAGAUCGACGCCGUCCGACCUUGCCCGGUGUCCGAUAGCACUUUGGAUGACGAGAUAGAUGAGGUGGAAGCAGGCGUUUCCACAACUCAGCUGAUAGACGUAUCGACUGUCCCGGAGGAAACCAGUCAAACGGUCCGAGAGUCCGAGGAUGUGAUUGAGGUGAAGACUCCGUGUCAGAGGAGCCUGUCGAAGGAGGCGGAAGUUGCAGAAGUUAAAAAAGAUACGGCGAGCGCGUUCAAGGAUGUCAAACCGUUCACGGAGCAGCAGCUGGCGUCCUUGUAUCACAAUCAGGAGCUGAUGUUGGUAGAUGCUUUUGUGGCAGAGUUUACGGAGACGCAGCUGAGGUGCGCGCCGCUGAGGCAGCAACACAGGCUGCACGAGCUGCUGAUGUGCUAUCUCAGGGUGCGAAAUCACCUGAUCGCAAACUCAUAUGAAUUGGAGCGUUUGAAGAAAAGCUGCCGGGAGACGCAGAAGCUGAUUUGGUCCCUGAAGACGAUGUCGGAGAUAGAGAACGGCGAGUGCCAGGAUGGCAACCCCGUCACUGCCACCCACGAAUAUAUGGUCGCCCUUUUCAAUCAGCAAGCCCUGGUGACGCUCUCCAGGACGCUGUCGGCCAUCAAGGACACCCUGCACGAUAGCCAGGCGUUGUAUUGCUACGAAGCGGAGUCGUUGCGCCUGCAGAUCGAGCAUUACGUGCAAAGAGUCACUAGGAGCUUCAACGAAUUUGCCAAUCUCUCGCAAACUGCCCCAGCAAAUCUUUUACCAGAGCAGUCGCCAUCCCAAACAGCUCCGCAGCUGGUCGAGCUUAGGAUGUGCGUAACCGUUCUGUUCAACUUCCAGCGCCGAAUUCUCAAGGACGGCAAAUUCGUCACGGACACCCGAGAGUGGCUGUCGAAGCUGGUGGCGGUGCUGUUGAGGGUCGCCACCUGGCAGGAUCAUUUGUUUCUAUUGAACCAUAUACUGCGAUGCCCCGGCGGCGUGAUGAACUGGGCCAAAUCCUUCGUACAAGUGCCAGUUCCCCCGAAAGUCUCGGGAUUGACUUCCUCACCAUUUAACGAUCCAUACCUCGAUCACAUGAUUGCCACUUUCGCAGUGAUCCUGCUGCCGAUCAAGGAUCGAGACAAGUUCUUGGAGCAGGUGCAAGUGUCCUUGCAGGACACCACAGGCAGUCCAGGGGAUACAGUGUGGGUUAUGCUGGACGAAGAGGGCGAAGAGGACGAGGAUAUCGCCAAUGCCGGCGCCAAUCUCUCUGAGAGCGACCUGAUUUCUCUUCUUCAUCAGAUUCCGCUGGACAGGCUGUUCGAGCAAGUGCUGUUUGUCCAACGCCAGAACGACAAGUACGAGCAGGAGGAGAAGGCCAUCACGGACCAUCACAUGUUGCGUCUCUUCGCCUUCUACAGCGUGCUCAUUAGACUUCUGAAGCAAGGUCUAAAGUCUUACGACUCGCCAAGAUAUAGGCAAUUAGCGAAGAGGCUUAGCGCGUUGAUCAGAGACGUUGUUCAGUACGCCAGCGAUCAGUGGGAGGCUUUCGACAAGAGCCAAAUAACCGACGAGUCAAUGUUGCUGAAGCUGCAGACUGAAUACGAUUGUUUCUUCCUGAGAGCGAUCCUCUGCAUAUUCUCGUCACGGCGUCUAGGUGCCUGGCAGUAUCUCGCCGCGAUACCAUACCAUAUUAUAUCACCCACUACUCUGUGGCACAUCUUCUAUAUCCUACACACGGACUCCACAUCUAGUGACAUAGCACCGUCAGACAUGUCAGUCUCAGACUGGGAAACAGAGCUGAGUUAUCCUGGGCUUCAUAAACAAUUCGAGGAGAAGCUAGGCAACAUGCCCGGCGACGAGUCCUACUUCCUACUAACAACCUUUGCUAACAUGGCCAUGGCUAGAGGGAAUAAGGACUACGAUUUUGUGAGAACAACUACGAUUGAUCUAUUUCAAAUUGGAUUUCUCAGCGAGAAAACUCAAGAGUCCUGCUCGAAGGACGCGAGGUCACUUUUGUCAAACUUGACAAGCAAAUACCCUACUCUUUUGUCCGAUAUCCUGCAAAAGUUAAGGGACAAUUUUGUAUCGGUUGGAAAGCUGAGUUUGUAUUUGUUCACGGAGUUGAAGAUAGGAACGUGGGUACCGCAGCAGGAGGACAUGGCAAUUCUGUCCACCUGGUUGCAUCAGCAUCCUUUAACUUCAUCCGAAAGCCAUCUGGCUCGACUGGUUCUUUCACAUUUAAAUUGGGGCCUUGACACAAAUGACAAUCUGUAUCUUCCGAUCAAUCUGCAUCGACAAGUGGCAUUGCUGAUUGUCGAACUUACAAUGAAACAUGUGCCCGACACCCCGGUACAGACGGCUUCGUUGUUAGCUGAAAGCAUGAAACAAGUUUCCUCCAUAGUGAGACCUCAGAAUAGCGAGCAAGCGUUCAGCCUGUGGGCAUGGGAGAUGAUCAAUAGACUGAAGCUGCACCAGUUGGACCGAUCGGAAUCCGUGUGUCAAUAUACCAUUUCGAAUCCGGCCGAGGGUCUCUCUUGCGUGCCUAACAUGGAAUCCGACUUCUUCUUAGAAGUUUUAAUGAAAGGAGUACGCGAGAAACAGCCGAUCGCCAGUUAUGUCUCUGUGUUGAUGACUCUGUGGGGUCACUCGGUGCCGCUGAUCUGCGUCGAGGGUUUCAGCCAGUUGCAAACCUUGCAGUGCUACUAUAAAUACGAGCAGGUGCUGAUAUGCCUGCACCAUGUAAUACCGUUGUUUCUCGAGUGUCCAGAUUCCUUGCUGAAGAACGACAAAUUCGUCAGCUUGAUCGUUCCGCUCAUCAAUGCCGACCGCACGUAUAUGAAGAUAGCGAAGAAUCUGAUCGCCCCGGAAUUUCCCGGCCCGAUUCUCAAGCAAUUUUCGAACAUGAUCGAAUCUCAUUUGCAUCAUUAUAAACGGUAUUGCUUGCAUACUCCGGAACGUUUCGUGCACCUAUGGCUGAAUGUAUUGAUUCUCGUCCAGGAUUGGAACAAAGAUCAUAACGUAAUGUAUUUGAUGGACAGCAUAAUCCGUGCGGCGUUCUUUCACUUAGAAGCUAGGGCGAUGAUGGAGAACAUGUUCCAAAAUCUCUUCUGCCCUGCUAUAGAUGGAAGUAACGAGAACAUAUCCAAUCGGGCGCCGGGAUCAUUUGGAUCAUUUCUGAGCUGGGCAACAGGAUCUUCUAGCUCUGCAAGCCUCCUUGGUGGGACCGUUCAGACGAUAUGGCUCGCUUAUCAGAUUCUGUCAACAGAGCAACAUGAUAGGGAGCUUAAGACCGGACUGUGGCGCGAAAUCCUGCGAGAACUGUCCAUGCAAUCCAAGAUAUCUUUAGACACUGCGCUCAAGAGAGCCUGUGCAACAGUGAAGAUAACCCCGUUCGGAAUAAGCAACCUGGCUAUUUAUCGUUGGUCCCAGCAAGCCCUUGACACGCCCAUGGAUCAUCCAAUUCUGCCUCUCUUGUGGCAAAAUUUUUUUAGCUUGUUCCUCGCACGAGCUCCUAUCAUCCCGGGAUCAAUGGACAAAGGCGGAGUUGGAGAAAAAUUUUUUGAGGGGAUGAUAAAUCUUAGUUACUUGAAGAAAUUGAAGAAACGAUUGCAUGAAACGACAGAAUAUUUCCAAGUGAAGGGAGAAAAGGACACGGACAAUGGAAAACCAAUCACCGAUGAACGGCGCGUGUUCUAUCUCAGUGCCGCAAAGUUUUAUAAAACAUUGAGCCUUUGGCUGGAGGAGCCUCGUCUUCAGGAACCGGGACUUUAUCUCCCAGCUCUGCCGCCGCAAUAUAUGUCGCAGAGACUAAUUUUGCUAAUGCAAGGAGAUCGAAGCCUCUGGCUGGAAUAUGUCGACUACUGGACAGUGCAACAGAGCCAACUCAAAGCCAUUUGCGAGUGGGAGCGCGCGACGUUCCGCGAUCUCGAUAACCAGUAUCAGAGGUUCUCGCAGCCUUCGUCGAACGCCGCAGAAUCGGUCGAUCCCGUUUGCAGAAUCUUCCGCAGGCUGAGCUCCUACGAACCGCCGGUUCCACCGCCAUCCUUGAACCGCAAUCAGCCGGUGCUGGGCUGCGUAUCCAGGGAAUGCAUCUACAACUCCACUGCCGUUAUCGACCUGAUCAAGCCACAUCUCAAAGUCAUUCUUGACUAUGCGCAGACCUACAGUCUCAUGGUAUCCGAGCACACCGCGGCGGACUGCAGCUUCCUCGAACUAGUUCCGACUCUCUACCGGAUCUAUGAGAACCACGUUACCUUGCACGCUCUCUGCGACCUUGCGCCAACCGGUCAAAGACGCUCUAGAUUGGGCACGCCUCCCACGGUGCAUUGUGCAGGCCCGGCGAUCAUCGAGAUCACGGUUGAGGAAGCACAUGUAAGCGAAGGCGUGGACCAUAUGAUAACCCAGAACCGGGCCGAGUACGAGAAUCUCUUGGUGAAAGCUAGUCAACCGCCACCCAGUAAGGUCACCCUGGGUUGCGUUUUCAUUGAUCAUUUAAUCGCAAUGUUGGAGCACGAGUUAAUCAUUAGUCGCACUAAUGAAAAUACCGCGGUACUGCGCAAAGUACAAGAGAGCGGAGUCAAGCUGUUCUAUCAUCUAGUAGAAUUUUAUACGGAGGAAGCAGCGCUGUGUCCUCCUACGAAACAGCUUAUCACUACUUGCUUGGAGAAGCUAGGUCAGUUGUUCAUCAGCGGCGAGGAAGUUCAGGGUCCGCAAUUACUGAGUACUAUAAUCCAGAGGCCUAAUCUCGGAGGUCUGUUGGGACCACACUUUACUCCCGUCGCCGGAGGAGCCUCCACAUUCUUGCAGAUGUAUCAAACCGUUGUGGACCUGUCCACCGGGUCCAAUGUCGACUUGUGCUUCGUAUUGCUUUCAAAGUUUGACGUCGGCAGUUGGUUGAACUAUCGCCGGCCGCGAUUGAGCGAGAGAUCUACCUUCAUAGAUCUAGUUUCCAGGGCGUUGUGCAACAUAGGCUUGAAUCCCGAAGAAGAAAAACUGAUGCUGCAUGAACUGUUUCGAAACCAUCUACGACUCAUUCUCCUGCACGAAUUUCCCGAGCACUAUGGUGAGGUAUUGAGCGCGGUGUUGAGAGGAUCCGAGAGCCAGAACUUGUCUCUGGACGUGUGGCGUGACUUGUUGGGAGCUCUCAGCGGCAAACCGAGGAACAUUGCACCCUCCCAGAAUCCUCUUAAAAUCAGAGACGAAAUCAGACAUUACGCUACGGAGCAGAGACUGCUGUCUCGCCAAGAGAUGCACGAUACCGCUGUACUUCUAAGCCGACACUUCAUGAAAGAGAGACUGCAAUAUGGAUUAUACGGGCUUUAUCCAAAGUACAGAAGCUACAACGAGCCAUUGACCAUAUUUUUGGGUAUGGUCGGCCACGCUCUGGUCGUAUUGACGUUGCAGGCUGAUCGAGGCUCGCUUGCCGAUCAAUUAUGCGAGAAGAUCUGGCCGGUGUUAAGCGAGAUGUACGCGCCAUGGAUCACUCCGUAUUGGACGAGAAACCUGCGGGAGCCAACGGCCGCGUGGAUCCAGCAAUUGACGGAUGACAGAUCAGUGCUGCUACCGUGGAUCAUUACCGACGGUCCUUACGCGAAUCGUACGAUGACGAUGUUCGCCGAGUGCGUUCGUUUCAUCAUCGACACCAUGCCGGCAUCCAGCAAGAUUCUCAGCUUCGUAUGGCAAUUUUACGUGACCAACUAUGCUCACGCAUCCGUCAAGGACCAUGUGCUGAAUGUUGUACAUGGUAACUUGUUAUCUCUUCCUUGGGAUCGCUUCUGCCCUGCCAUCAAUGAUGUCGAGUUAAUGAUCAGGGUCAUUGAUCAGUAUCUGCCGGACUGCCAUUUGUUCCUCGGCAGCAUCUUCACGUGGAUCAACUGGUCUGCCUGGGUCAACGAGUUAGCCACACAGUCGCUGCCGGUCGCCGCCAGGAUGCACGUUUGUCUGUUAAACUUGCUAGUGAAGCUGUCCAAUGAACCAAACGUCAGGCAGAACGAGAAGGCGGUGCAGCUAGUCGUGGAAGCCGAGAGCUUCUCUUGGCACUUGAUCGACGCCGCGGCGUACGACCAAGUGAUUAAUUGGCACGUGAUGAGCUGCGAUCCUAGAGUGAUCCUAUGCUUGGGCAAGGACCAGACUCAUCCUAUCGAUGCAGCCAUCAACAACUUGCUGAAGAUAGCAGCAGCCUAUGAUCCUACGGUGAAGCACUUCCAUCCUACCACCCUGAAGAAGAGACAGAUGUACGUGCGUUCCUCGAUGAAGUUACUGAUCAGCUGCACCACGAGGCACAAGUCCCUUCUUUCGACCAAUAGCAAAGCGUUCACCAACACGUUGUCGCGAAUGCUGGACGAAAUGGAAAUCGUUAUCACCAACACUGUCUCUGAGUCGCAACAGGUCGCCGAGGCUGGUCUGCUAAUCACUGAGCUUUUGCACUCGAUCAACCAGAGCGGAGCGAUGGUCGAUCACCUUCGCACCAGUUGGACGACAUGGUUGCUAGAACGAACUGCUAGCAGCCCGGUUCUGAUGGGAGUGUUAAGAGUGAUCGGAAUGGCAGUCGCUUCCUCGUCCACUCUAGGUCACCUCAUGGAGGCUGCCUUGGAGGCUUAUUUCAAAUACAGCAUAACGGAAGACGUUCGACCUACGUGGGCGACAGUAUUGAUGAUUCUACAGUCCGUAGUACCGCGUCAGCCGCCAUUAGAGUCCGUGCUGGUGUCGGAGGGAAGAUUGCUAGCCCUUUACUCCGUAUUACUGAAGAGACUUCCGUCCUGCAGAGACAUCCGGGAGGAAGGCAUGCUUCUGAUUAAUUUAGUGGACUGGAUUAAUGCCAUUAAAACCACAGAUAUCGUAGAGGAGAAACUGCCUUUGCUGUGGGCGAAAGCGUGCGAGCUAGCCUACAGACAGUGUCAGUAUAGUGAGAACACAGUGAUCGCUGCCAGAGCCUUGAAGGGAUUAGCACGAGCGUUAAUAACAGUAGCGGACGAUGCGGGGCAAGGAUGGGGUAUCCUGGGAGCCAUAGGACUAAGAAAAGGCUCUCAACUCACCGUACGGUGCAAGUUCCUGAGCCGUGCCAUAGCCGUCUACUGCCUGGCGCAAUUACCAGAAUCCAAGUCCGAUCAGCAAUUAGUGAGAUACACUCCACACUCGCCCGGUGUUGCACCUUCGAGAUCGAACGAUCCGGACACGAUGGAGAUUCGUCCUAGCGUAGAGGCUGUGAAAGCGAUGCAGAAUCUGGAGGGGCUCCUGAUAAACAAGCAGUAUGCAGACCUGCGGGGAGAUGUGGAAAGGGCUAUUAGACUCAUCAGGGAUUCUGCCAAUUCUCUUCACAAUGCUGUAGAAAUCGUUGGCGCACUCACCACGGAGCUCUACAAUCAAAGAUAUCUGCAUGUGCUGACAGAGUGAUACUAGUUUUAUUUAGAUUUAGAGCGACGGGUUGACAAAAACGAAUCGUUUCAAAGCGUGAUAUAGGUAUAUGACCUCGUAAGACACUCUCGAUCGUAAGUCGAAUUUUCAGUCGUUGUAUCUUUCAAGAUUUCCAAGCGUUUCUAACUUCUCGUAAUUUAUUUUAAUGUUCAAGAAUUUUCAAGAUUUGCAAAGAUUUUAAAAAAUCGAUACUGAGUAUUUUAAGGAAAUUCUGUGAUUUAAUCACUUAAAAGCUUGCUAAAUUAAAUGCCCAUUAUCACGUAAAUUUCACCAAAUGACGCGUUUAAAUUGAAUGCUAUAACUCGUAUCGAUUCUAAAGAUUGAGGUUGCAUUGUGAUUAUUCAUUUAUAUAUUACAAUCAUAUCCCGAUCUCUGAAGAUGUACAAUCAUAAUGUAAUUUUAAUCUUAAAUUUAAUCGCGUAAUAUGAACUUAGGAUAAGUCGCGUAUCUUUUGCCUUAUUGUUUAAAUUUUUUUAUAUUUGCACCGAUCUAGUCACGAAGUACUUUUUUUAAUUUGAGACUUUGUAAAACUUAGCAUGCAUUCAAUUUAAACGAUCACGUAGAUAGUUAUGUCGAUAGUAUAAUUAAAAUUAGAUUUAAGGACGCAAUUGUUGUCACAUUUAAUGUGAACUUAAUUGUGUAUUCGACUCGCAUCAUCGAUGCUUUGGUACCUGCGUACAUAAAUUCUGUGUUGAACCAA